AUGUCCGAAAACGCUAAGUUCACCCUCUCUAACCUCUUCAGUGUGGAGGGCAUGGUCUGUGUCGUAACUGGCGGCGGUACAGGUAUCGGCCUCAUGAUAGCUCAAGCGUUCGCUCACAACGGAGCGAGGGUAUAUAUGACCUCUCGACGACAAGACACUUUGGACCAGGCCGCCCAAAGAUGGGGUUCUUCCCUCAACCAUCCCGAGGGCGCGAUCAUUCCCGUCGCGUGCGACGUCACAUCUAAGGAGUCCGUCCAGCACCUCGUCAACGAGAUCGGGAAACACGAGGACCACGUAGAUGUUCUCGUCAACAACGCGGGCUAUGCAGGCGACGAACUGGAUACCGACAAAGGUGAUAUCUCUGCCAAAGAGCUAUCUCAGGAGCUCUUCAGCCAGGAGAUGGAGGAGUGGGAGCAGGUAUACCGGACGAAUGUUACGAGCUACUUCUUUGUGACAGCUGCCUUCAUUCCGCUGCUCAGCGCUGCCACGAGGGACAAAGGAGGAAACGAGUACAGAUCUACGGUGAUUAACAUCUCGUCUAACGCUGGACUGACUCAACUCGCUCAGAAGCGCUUUCACUACACCACAUCGAAGGCUGCCACCAUACAGUUGUCUAAUCUCCUCGCGCAGGAGUUCAAGAGAAGCGCUGUCCAGAUCCGAGUAAACAACAUUGCUCCCGGACUUUUCCCUUCCGAGAUGACCACUGGUGAAUCCAAUCAAGGCAACAAGUCAGACAUACCGAAAGAGUCUGCCAGAAUGAAAAGAAACCAGGUUCCUGCAGGGCGUGCCGGACGCGAGGAGGACAUCGCUCAAGCCGCGAUCAUGUUCGCCGUGAACCAGUAUCUUUUCGGACAGACUUUGGCGAUUGAUGGUGGUUGGUUACUAGAGCACCCGUGA